GCAGAUUAGCUCGACUCACGGCGCUCUGCAGACACUCUGAACAGCAUCUGAACGGACGCUCGGACCCGCAAACACCGGCUCUUUGAUUAUUAUUUUUUAACAGUCUUUUCACUCCGGGAUCGAAGCCACUCGGUUCUCGUGUACUGUGCGGUUCUUUAGGCAAUAAGGAAUGCCCAGAGAGCUCACCCAGAACAGGAUCCAAAAGAUCUGGGUUCCCACCAAGGAUGACAGGCGGAGAGCAGCCGGCGCCCCCAACUUCGCCAACCCCCCCACCGUCAUCGUGAUGGUGGGUCUGCCGGCUCGAGGCAAGACGUACAUGUCCAAGAAACUCACCCGCUACCUCAACUGGAUCGGCAUGCCCACCAAAGUCUUCAACGUAGGAGAGUAUCGCAGGGAGGCGGUCAAGAACUACAGCUCCUAUGACUUCUUCAAGCCUGAUAAUGAAUAUGCCGUCAAAAUCAGACAGCAGUGUGCCUUAGCCGCUCUGAGGGAUGUCAAGUCCUAUUUGAAGGACGAGGGAGGCCAAGUAGCGGUCUUUGACGCCACCAACACGACAAGAGAGAGGCGAGACAUGAUCCUCAAGUUUGGCAGUGAGAACAGCUUCAAGGUCUUCUUUAUUGAAUCCGUGUGUGACGACCCCAAUGUCAUUGCAUCGAACAUCAUGGAAGUGAAGGUGUCCUGUCCGGACUACCGCGACUGCAACAAGACUGAAGCCAUGCUGGAUUUCCACAGGAGAAUUGAAUGUUAUAAAACCAGCUACCAACCUCUGGAUCCUGAUCAGCAUGACAGGGACCUCUCCUUCAUCAAAGUAAUAGAUGUGGGUCGCCGCUUUCUCGUCAACCGCAUCCAGGACCACAUUCAGAGCAAGAUUGUGUACUACCUGAUGAACAUCCACGUCCAGCCACGGACCAUCUACCUGUGCAGACACGGAGAGAGCACCGACAACCUGGAGGGACGACUGGGCGGCGAUUCCGGCCUCUCACCGAGGGGCAAGCAGUUUUCAGCUGCUCUGGCUCGGUUUGUGGAGGAGCAGCAGCUGAAGAAUCUGAAGGUGUGGACCAGCCAGCUGUGUCGCAGCAUCCAGACCGCUGAGCACCUGGGAGUCCCAUACGAACAGUGGAAGGCUCUUAAUGAGAUUGAUGCUGGGUUGUGUGAGGAGAUGACAUAUGAUGAAGUGAAGGAGAAAUUCCCAGAAGAGUUUGCUCUGAGGGAUGAAGAUAAAUACUACUACCGCUACCCUGCUGGAGAGUCCUAUCAGGACCUCGUUCAGCGAGUGGAGCCGGUCAUCAUGGAGCUGGAGAGGCAGGAGAAUGUCCUGGUGAUCUGCCACCAGGCUGUCAUGCGCUGCCUGCUGGCUUACUUCCUGGACAAGAGUGCAGAUGAGAUGCCCUACCUGAAGUGUCCCCUCCACACGGUGCUGAAGCUCACCCCAGUCGCCUAUGGGUGCAAAGUGGAGUCCAUCUCUCUGAAUGUGGAGGCAGUAAACACCCACAGAGACAGACCGGAGGAGGUUAAGAGGGGUCCUGGCACCCUGAUCAGGAGGAACAGCGUUACUCCUCUGACUAGCCCUGAGUCAAACAUCAAGAAACCUCGUAUUGAUGAUCUGGACGAGGCUCCGAUCCAGGAGCUGCCCCCCUCUGUGGCUUCACUGGCCCUCUGCAGCCCCUCUCAUCUCCCUCUUGCUCUGGCUGGACAGCACUGGCUGGGCAAAGUUUGCCUGACCUGAGGAGAAGCUCAUCUGGCUGCCAUGACUUCCUGCAGCCCUGCCAGUGACUUUGCACCGUCGUGGGGUCAGAAGAUGGAUCACUGACGAAAACUCACUGAAAACAACAUGAAACAACUAGGAUAGGAAAAGUGAAAAUGAAGAAUUGCUUUCCUUAAACCAACAUUAUUCUGUCACUAAAAUGUCAAUUAUGUCUACCAAGGACACCAGUUACCGCACCUUUAUUGUUGAAAAAAAGGAUCAUGGUUAUUUGACUGUCAAAUCAAAGCAAGACUCUUAAAUUGUCCCUUUCUUGCUGUUUUCAGACAUGAUUUUUUUGUUAGAUAUUCUUUUGUCUAAAUUGUUCAGAUAGAGAAACUGUGACUACUUUAAAUCAACAGUCAUUCCUGUUACACCUCAGAUGGCUCUCUGGGAAACCAACAGCUUGUGGUUUAAUAUUUUAGAGAGACCAAAGACUAAUUCUAAUGCCCAAACCUCCAGCUAAUCCUUUUUAAUUUAUUCAUGUUUUUGGAAAACGUCAUGAUUUAAUUGACUCCUUCGAAUGCUGACACACAACAAAGUAAGCGAUAUUUUGCACAGCGGUGAUAUGUUUUUGCUUUUGUUUGGAUUCAUUUGUCAUUAUGUGUUUUUUGUGUCAUGUUACUUCACGGUAGUGGAGGUGAUUUUUGCCCUAGAGUGCCUGUAGUGCUUGUUUUGCAAGCCUGACGCCGCUUCUCUUGCUAAUUUCUCUGGACUUGA